AUGGAUUCCGAUGAAGAUUCUUACCACGACGAAUAUUCGUACGGCGAUGAUGUGGAGGAAAUUGAUGAUUCCGGUAGCAGCGAGGCUGCGGAGGAAACCGAUCCCGACGAGGAGGAAGAGGAACAGCUGGCGGAAUACGGCGGCGGCAGAAACAGCCGCCGCCGCCGCGGCCAGAAACACUACACAAUCCUCACAGAAGAAAGAAUCCGACAGCUGCAAGACAACGACAUCUCCCAAGUCAGCAGCCUUCUCUCCGUCUCUAAAACCCUAGCAUGCACCCUCCUGCGCCGCCACAAUUGGAGCAUCUCCGCCGUUUCGGACAAGUGGUUCUCCGACGAGGAAAAAGUCCGCCUCUCGCUCGGCCUAUCCCCGCCGCAAGAAUCUCUAAAUCCACCACCACCAAACAACAACAACAACAACAGCCUCUGCAAUAUUUGCUUCGAAGAAUUCAAUGCCAACAACGUCAUGUUUUCAUGCACGUGCGGCCACCCCUUCUGCAUGGAUUGCUGGAGGAGCUACGUAACCAUCUCAAUCAACAACGGGCCCGCAUGCCUGCGCCUCUCCUGCCCGGAACCCAAGUGCAAAUCCGACGUGGGCCCGGACAUGAUCGAGCUAUUGGCUUCCGAAGAAGAUAGAGAAAAGUACAACCGGUACUUUUUCCGAUCCUACGUGGAGUGCCACGCGAACAUGAGGUGGUGCCCGGGCGACGGGUGCGAUCGUGCCGUCCGGAUCCAAUCGGUGGAGCGGGAAAACUACGACGUGGCGUGCGAUUGUUCGCGCGGCUUCUGCUUUAAGUGCAUGGAUGAGUGCCACCGCCCCGCGGACUGCGAAACGGUGAGGAAGUGGACUAAGCAAAACGAGUCGGAGGAGAACAACAACAAGUGGCUGUUGUCGUACACGAAGCCGUGCCCUGAGUGCGGUCGGAAGAUAGAGAAAAACCAAGGCUGCAAUCAUAUAACCUGUCGGGACCCGUGCAAGCACGAGUUUUGCUGGCUCUGCCUCACUCCUUGGAAAGAAGCACACUAUGACUGCAACAGGUACGCAAACAGGGCCGAUUAUCGUUCCUUCAGUAUGUGUUUUUGAUGUACUGCGUGGUU